AUGCAAUAUGGAAGACUAAGAACAUUGGAUGGGCAUUAUAUUAGCAGUCAUUGGAUAAAAAAAAAGAAUAAGAUCACAAGAAAUAAUUAUUGUGUUCAGAUAAGACGUACAAUAGAUAAAGUUUCUCAUAGACCAAAUGCACUUCCUCAACUCAUAAUUGUAGAUAUUUAUGGGAUAGUAGAUUAUUUUUUUGUACAUAAAUUUAAUGAUAAAAUUCACAUGCUCGCUUAUGUACAAUUAACAUCAAAAAUAAUAGAUGAUGAAUAUGAAUGUAAAUAUUUUACUCAAUUUAAAUCAAAAGAAUUUAUUGAUGUAAGGUGUGUAGACCAUUGCGUAGGAUUUGCAAAAAUAGAUAACAAGUAUUUUACAAUUGAUAAAGAAAAUGCAUUUGAUGAUGCUAAUUGGGAAAAUCUUGAAUAA